AUGAACACAACCCACCAAACACACUCUCUUCAUGAGAGUGGAGGAGACAGAGAAUUCAGUUUCUGGGGUUCAUCAAACACCACACUUUCUAAUGAUUGUGAUCAACCACAAGACAAUGAAGCAAGGUUCAACAAGGAAGCACACUUUAGAGAAACACACCAAAGGAAAAACAUUAAGUUUGAGUACUCACCAAUUUCUGACGCUUCAAGAAGCACAGCUAUUGCACAAGCACAAAGGGAGCUUAUGGAGAUGGUGCAAGACAUGCCUGAGUCUGGCUAUGAACUCUCUUUCCAAGACAUGGUGGUUCAUGAGAAGCAUGUGCUGGAACCAGAAAAACCGCAUCAAAAUGAAACUUCCCUUAACCACACACACAUGCAAAGUAGUGGCAGUAAAGCUCAAGCUAAAAGCCUAAACAAGAAGAAGAAAACCAAAGGAAACAGUAGACCUGGUCAGAUAUUGCGGGUUGAAAGCAUGGACAGUGAAACCUUCCUCCUGAAGUUGUUCUUUCCUAUUUCUCUUGAUUGGAUGAAGAAGGGUAAAGUGAAGAAUGAGUCCAAGGUUUCUUCUAGAGCUUCAUUUCAGGAAUCUAUAAAACAAGUGGGAAAAGAUUGGAGAAUUAAAAGAUCUUCCCUUUCGAGGGACAACACAGAAGAUGGCGUGAGUCAAAAUAAUGGUGACAGAAACAGGUGGACAUUGAAACAUGGUUGCUGGUCUUUCCUUCCUUAUGCAAAAAGCAAAACAAAUAAUAUUGGAGGAUAA